GUUCUAGGAGCAGCUCUGGUGCUGAACAAGAGGAUCAGUGAUGAUGUCCAGAGUUCUCUGUUCACAGACCAGGAUGAGAAGGUCCUGGCCUGUCACAUGGGUCUGCUCGGGCUGGUCCUGGACAAUGUUCAGCUGUUUGAGAGUUCCAGACAGGAAGCCAACCGAUGCCAGGUGUUGUUGACCCUGGCCAGGCUGCUGUCAGAGGAACAGAAGUCGAUGGAGAAUCUCCUGGGCAAGAUGGCCGCCACCAUCCUGCCUUUCGCACGGGCUCAGUACUGUACCAUUUUCAUCGCCAGGGACAGACCCAAGAACUCCUUCUCUGGGCUGGUCCAUAUGGAGGGAGAAGAACAAGGGUCAGAGUUCCAGAUCUUUCAAAGGUUCUAGAAAGGGUUUUCCUCUCCUAUCACUGUUGUGUCAUUACAUCAACGGCCAUGUUUUGUUUCAGGCUAUAUAUACACUGCUCAAAAAAAUAAAGGGAACACU